AUGACUGGCUCUGCUAAGCAGUGGUGGAGGGAUUAUAUUAGUAGUAGGCCAGUUGGAUCUCAUCCACUAUCCUGGACUGAGUUUACUCAGGUAUUUCUAUCCAAAUUUGUUCCACGCAGUGAGAGGGAGCGCAAGAGGGCCGAGUUUGAGGGUUUGCAGCAAAAUGGUAUUUCAGUUGCAGAGUAUGAGGGUAAAUUUCAUGCCUUGGCUAGGCAUGCUUCGAUGAUACUUCCCACAGAGGCUGAGAGAGUGAGGAGGUUUGUUAAGGGGCUGGUUAUUCCAAUUCGUCUCGGAGUUUCUCAGGUUGCUACUUCUGGUGUUCCAUUCCAGAAAGUGGUAGAUGCUGCUAAGGAGUUGGAGAUGAUUCGGCGUGAGGGAUUUGAGCAGCGAGAGGGCAAGAGGACUCGUUAUUCAGGUGAUUAUGGUAGUGCUCCGCCUAGGAAUCGGGGUUACUUGGGCAGAGCGUCUGAGGCUGGUUACGCUGGGCAUAACUCUUCGAGCUCAGGGCAUACUUCGCAGGGUUCAUCUUCUAGACCUGUAGUUCGUGGAGGGAAUUCUGGUCAUUCAGGUUCCUCUCAUCAGCCUGCGUCUCGUAGGGGUUGCUUUGAGUGUGGUGAUAUGGGACACUUUGUGAGAGACUGCCCUAGGACCAGACGUGGUGGCUUACAUCAGGGUUCUCAGGCUUUGACUUCCAGGGCUGCACAACCUCCAGCUAGGGGUGGUGCACAGAAUGGUAGAGGUGGUUCUCAUUCAGGUAGAGGUGGUUCUCCUUCUGGUCGAGGUGGGGGUCGUGGAGGUUCACAAUCUGAUGGAGGUCGUUCUCACUAUUAUGCUUUUCCAGGUAGGCCAGAGGUUGAAGCCUCAGAUGCUGUUAUCACAGGUAUUAUUCCGUUGUAG